UACUUGAAAUGUCUGCGGAACGAACGCUACUUAUAAUCAAGGAGCACAGUUACAUAGAUCUUUGUAAGAUCCGUUCAGUAAAGCUGCUGUGAAGUGAUGGAAUCACAUAAAGUUUCACGUAUAGGAAAAGGUAUAAUUUUCAUAAAAGUUUACUUCUCACUUCUGCUGUCGGGUAUCUCAAAUAUGUGAAAAAGACGUACCUAUAUGGAUCAUUUUACCAAAUUAUAACUACAGUCUUCAGUUGAUUCGAAGAGACGUCAGUAAAGGACACAGUAUGCAAAACGAACAACACAGGGUGCCUAGGCGGAUUCGCAAGACUAUUCCACGAGAUCAAUCAUAUAAUAAGCCAGAAACCCGAUGCCAUUCUCUUGAAUGCUGGAGACGACUUCCAAGGCACCUACUGGUACACUUUGUUGAAAGAUAAAGUCAUGUCCACCUUUAUCAAUAUGCUGCCAAAUGAUGCUCAUACUUUAGGAAACCACGAGUUCGACGACGGGGUAGCAGGCCUGGUGCCGUACCUGAAAGCACUCAAGGACCCGGUGGUGGUCGCCAACUUAGACAUCACUCGGGAACCUUCUCUACAGGGCUUGUUCCAGCCUCAUGUGGUGCUGGAGAGGAAAGGACGAAAGAUCGGCAUCAUUGGGGUUACUACACCGGAUACCAAAGACUUAUCAAACUCGGAAGGCGUUAAAUUUCUGGACCCUCUUCCUAUAGUCCAGAAGGAAGCCAAGCUGUUAACUGAACAAGGAGUUGAUAUUAUCAUCGUGUUAUCUCAUUGUGGACUUUAUGUUGACAAAGCAAUGGCAAAAGCAGUCGGCGAGAAUGUAGACAUCAUAGUCGGUGGACACACACACAGUCUGCUCUGGAAUGGAACUGCUCCCAGUCAUGAAGUGGUGGCCGGCAGCUAUCCGGAGUAUGAAGAAGCUGACAACAGGCCGGGACACAAGGUCCUUGUUGUAACGGCUUCAGCGUACAGCAAAUAUUUGGGAAAUAUUGGUGUCAAUUUCGACGCAAAUGGGGAAAUUGUAUCUUUUGUCGCCGAACCAGUAUUUUUGGACAGAAGUAUUCCUGAAGAUCCAAACAUAAAAGCACUUAUGAAACCUUACAUGGACCAGAUUCACGAGGCCAUAAAUGGGGUGAUUGGCACCGCCACUGACGAAUUAAGCAUGUGUGGCACAGAAGAGUGUGCUCUUGGAGACAUAAUUGCGGAUUCCUUCUUGGAUAUUGCAAAACAGAAAGCUCCAUCAAAUCUGACGUCUAUAUCAUUUAUUUUUAAUAAAAUGAUACGGACUUUUAUCGACAAAGGGGAUAUAACCCAGGGCGAUAUAAUGAACGUACUUCCUUUCGGUAGCGUGAUACUGUCAUACAGGAUACAAGGGAAAUUUGUGAAACAGGAGCUGGGAGAAUCGUUGAAAAAGAAUCCAUUUAAUUUGCCACAAGUUGGAGGUUUAAAGCUAACCGUGAAUACGACGAGCAAAACAAUAGAUUCAAUGUUAGUCAAAGAAGGGGCAGAAUGGAAACCGAUGGAAGACGAAAAAGAAUACCAGUGCAUUACACCACAAUUUGUGAAAAACAAAUCUGAGCCUUUAAACACCAACGCCAAAGACGUAGUAAACAUUGCAAAUGAUUGGGAGACUUUGACGAGUUACAUCAAAAAAAUCACACCCGUCACCUCCUCGGUAGACGGGCGACUCAAAAUCCUAAGCUGAACGUGAUAGAUACUAAACUUUUUAAUAAAGGGCAACUCAUACGUGAAAAGGAAUCCUCAACUUAUGGCUCAGUAGGAAACGAGAGACUUGCUUACUUGUUCGCACUUGUAUUACAAACUAGUAUUGUUUUCAGCUAUUAAACACCAACGCUAAAGACGUUACUCAGUUGGGCGAGGAAUCCGAGGUGUUGACGAAUUACGUCAAGAAAAUAACCCCUCUUAUACCCAAGUAUGAUGAGAGGCUCAUAGUUCAAAUUUGAAUGUGAUACUGAUAAUCGCAGGCUGAAUACACUGUUCGUAAAAAUGUAUUUAAGAUCCACCUGACUGUAUUUUAGCAAAUAAAUGAUUUGAUUGAUUGAUUGAUUGAUACUUUUUACUUUAGGUAUAAUAAAAUCAAUGAUUGUCUCAUUUUAGAGACACGUUUGUACAGAAUUUGUUUUUUUAAUAAUAAAAUUUACCCUUAUUUGCACAAA